AUGCGGGGCGGCAAGAUAAACCCACAGGACUUUGAGGGUCUUGACGGGAAGAAGAGGGACCCGGAGACUGCAAGCGGAGCAAGCUACAACUACCUGUACGGCCCCGUGCCCAAGCUCGGCGCUGCCCUCAAGACCAUCGAGCUGCGUAACAACUGGCUGUCUGGCACUUUUCCCGGCACUGGCUUCCUCUCCUGCUCUGCCUCCUCCAACUGCCUCGCCAGCACAGGCACAUGCAACACCACCGCCACCACCCAGCGCGCAUUGGCUUCUUGCGCCGUCUGUAACUCUCCGAAGGGGGCUGAUCCCAUCUGUGCCGGCGGCACCUGUGCUCCCAACACUGCCGGGCCUCUUGCCUCCUCCACCACCCCCACUGCCACAUCUCCCAUUCUCCCUCGCUUCUGCAUGGGCGUGCCUUUAGACGCAGUGCAGGCCGGUAUUCUGCUCUCUGUGAAGACAGCUCUCGGCGUCACCCUCACUCAUUGGUCUGCCAGUACCCUUGGAAUACCCUCCAAGGCAAACCCUCUUUCCAGCGAGUUCAGUGAUGGGCCAAGGGUGCUGGGGCGGCGGCGCUUGGCAGGGAGCAGGUCGGGCAGGGAGAGGCUUCUGCUGGUGGCUUCAGGACAGGGGGGCAUGUGCACGAUUCAAGGCCAGACGCCCGUCCCUGGCUCCUGGCCAGGCGUGUUCUGCUCUUCUGCCGGCAUGGUUGUGGGCCUGGAUCUUCGGAGUUUCCUGCUGCGAGGCACCGUGCACGCCGAUAUCUCUAAGCUCACCACACUCACUGCGCUCUAUCUGUCGUCCAACCUCUUCUUCCAGCGUCUCGACUCCUUUGUGGCUCCUAUUCUGCCCACGGCCUCUCUCAAGGACCUUCGCUUCAGCUACAUUUAUCUGACAGGCUCGCUGCCCAAGCCUGGUGCCACCCUCAAGUUUCUCGACACGCAGGCCAACUUCCUCUCAAGCACCUUCCCCACGGCCACGCUAGCCUGCAACACUCGCCUCAACUGCUUCGCCAACGCAUCAGGCUGCUUCAACGUGGAUGGAACGGAGCAGAGGACAGCCACAGAGUGUAGCAUGUGUGGGUCACCACAGACGAAGCUGGGGCUGUGUGGAGGUGGCACCUGUUUGCCUGUCCUUUCACCUUCCCUCGCUAAGGUUCCCAACAGUGCUGCUGCCCCAACACUCAUGAUGACAUGUGCUGCCGUGCCCCUUGAUGCAACCUCUGGUGAGCCCCUUCCCUUCCUUCCCUGCUGCCGCACCAACGUGGCGUCCAACCUGUUGGAUGCGCGCAUGAGCGAGUGGGCUCUGCCUCUCACCGGUCUCAAGACACUCAAGCAACUAUAUCUCAACUACAACUGGUUCUCUGGCCCUCUGCCGUCAUUCCUCCUCUCCAUGUCAUCCCUCACAGCACUCAACGUGUGCUUCAACUACCUCGCUGGUCCCAUCACCAGCACUCCCUCUGCCUCCCUCAAGUCCCUCAACGUCGCUUCCAACCUCCUCACAGGAACCUUCCCAGCAUCUUCCACCACCGCAUGUGAUGCACGCAGCAACUGCCUAGCAGACUCCUCCAAGUGCCUUGCCUCUGGCUCCUCCUCGCAGAGGCCCUCCUCUGACUGCACCGUCUGUGGUUUGGGGGGUUCCAGUGCGGUUGUGUGCAAUGGAGGGGUGUGCACCCCUGACACUACCGAGCCACUGGCAGCACUCACGCCUAAUAGUGCCUCUGCUGCUCUGCUGCCUAUGCAGUGCUCGGGUGUGCGCAUUGACACCACAGCAGUGUCUGUGCUUGGGAGUCUCAAAGCUGCUCUGGGGGUGCCUCUCCCGGACUGGGGAGUGAACUCCCUGUGCACGGUGGCUGUUGUUGUUUCUGGAGUCAGCACAUCCUCCCCUCACCCGAGGGACUUGGGAGGCGUGCUGUGCAGCCCGGCCGGUGCUGUGGUGGGGAUCAACCUCAACACGCGCAAGUUGGCUGGGUCCAUGCAUGCUGAUGUCUCCAAGCUCACUGCGCUCACUGCUCUGGCUUUCUACUCAAACUUCUUGGCUGGUCGCCUGGAUGCCUUCACAGCGCCCUUCACUUCUCUCUCCAACCUGCAGAGUCUGAGCGUGCCAGUGCCAGGCACUGCCAUCAAGCACCUGGACCUCGAGAACAACUACCUCGUGGGAACCUUCCCAACAGUUUCCUUGCAGUCCUGCUCAGCACGGACCAACUGCUUCUCAAACGCUGCCGCUUGCACGGCGGACGGAGGCAAAGGGACUGCUCAAAGAGCCACGUGCAGUAUCUGCGGCAGUGCCGAUGGCACGGGGGUGUUGUGUGGCGCCAGUGGUGCAUCCACUUGCCAGCCUACAGCUGCUUCCCUCGCGUCCCUCGCCACACUUAACAGUCCCUCUGCUCUUGCACUCCCGAUUGCGUGCUCCCUGCUGCCGGCUAUGCCAGUCAACUCUGCUGCAAUGGCAGCGCUGCUGACGCACACAGGGUGGGCGGCAAAUGCUGUCUGCACUCUGGCGGGGACAGCUGGCACCGUAGCGAGUGGGAGCUUGACGGGUGUGGAGUGUGACUCGGCUGGCAACCCCGUCAAGAUCAACCUGCAGUCAAAUCUCUUCAGGGCACGCCUUGAAGACUUUGCGCUCAGGCUUCCUGCCCUCACCAACCUGGCAGUGCUCCUGCUGGACUUCAACUGGUUCAAGGGCUCGCUGCCCCCGCCUCUCCUCGCCAUGACCAAACUCACCUGCCUGAGCAUUGCCUACAACUACCUGACAUAUCGCGUUCCACCGGUGUCGACGACCCUCAAAGUGAUUGUCCUCUCCAACAACUUCCUCUCGGGCACAUUCCCUGCCAACUCCGCCACCUCCUGCGUCUCUGCUGGCAACUGCUUCACCAGCACCACCUCCUGCAACACUGCUACCGAGGAGGGCCUCACGGCGCAGCGGGCGACAGGGUGUGAUAUCUGUGGCAGUGCGGGCGGUCAGGGCAUGCUGUGUGGCGGCACAGGGGUGUGCACACCCAAUGCCGCUGCACUGUUCACUGCCAAGACGGCGAAUGCUGCUUCUGCUGCUGUACUCCCCAUGGCUUGUGUUGACCUUGUGUGUGCUGCAGCUGCACCUAUUGCUUGCCCCACUGACUGGCAUUGCCAGGGUCUGAAAUGUGCGGCACCUGCCGCCUCCAACUGCAUCGGCUACCUCUGCACUCCUUAG